AUGGCAAAGAAAAGUAAACAACCAAACGAAUCAACUGUUUCUUCAAAUUUUAAGUUAAUUAGCACUUCUUCAGGUGUCAGAGUAUCUCAGGCUUGUGAUAGGUGCCGUAUAAAGAAAAUCAAAUGUGAUGGACAAUCCCCUUGUCAUAAUUGUAAAAAAGUCGAAGUUGAAUGUAAAACAAGUGAUAAAUUAUCAAGAAAAUCUUUCCCAAAAGGGUUCACUCUGUUUUUAGAAGCACGAGUUAAAGAAUUAGAAGAUGAAAAUCAGAAAUUACGUGAUAAAAUAGGUAGCACUAGUGGUGGUGGAGGUCAUACAGAUAAUGAUGAUUCAUUGGCUAGUAGUGCCAUUCAUACGGGACAAACUACUCCAACUAGACCAAUGACAAAUAAUAGCUCUAUCCCAACUACUACUACUACAAAUGAUAAAGUUCUUUUCCAAUCAAAUAACCAAUCAGUACCUAUUAAUAACCCGAUUGAUCAAAUUUUCAAUAUUGACAACAAAGGUGUCAUUAUUGGUAAUGACAAUUUAAAUUUUGAAUCCCAAUUUAAUCAUUUAUUGAUCAAUUUGAACUUGCCAUUUUUAAAAAUUACAAAUAGUCACAACUAUUUGUUGAACGAUCCUGAUAGUUAUUUGUACAAUCCAUCAUAUACCAAAAGUAACAAGUUUCACAAUCGAGAUCUAGACUUGAUUUAUAAUCCUUUAACUGGUACCAAUACCGAUAUCAGUAUGAAGAGUGAAUUACCAACAGAUAUCUAUGAUUUAUUUAUUAAAUUAAUUAACAAUUUUAAAAAGAUUUUCAAAAAUAAAAAGGAAAUGGAUAAUCAAAUUGUACAAUUUUUCUUAAACUAUAAUGUGUUUAUUCCCAUAUUUGAUUUUAAACAAUUUAUGGAAUCAUAUGAAGCUUUUCAUACCAUGUAUCCCUUUAUGUUUACUUAUGAUGAUUCUUCUAUCAAUGGAUUUAACUUGUCCAACACCAAUGACUAUCAAAUAGUCAACAGUUAUUUGAUGACAAUCAUUCAAAUUUACGCCAUGAUUAUGAUCAAUAAUCCAACGGUCAACCUCAACUUACUCCUCAAUCAUUCGGAUCCACAUUAUUCUAUGAAUAACCGAGAAAAAUCAAUUAUAAAAUCUCUUUAUGAUUUCCUACCGUACUUUAAUGGAUUCCACAUAUCAAUUGGUCAAUUACAAACAUAUUUAUUAUUAUUAUACUAUUCUUUGUUGACAAACAACAAAGAGAAAUCAUUGGUGUUGUCAUCCUUAACCAAUGCAUUUAUUGGUAUUUUGGGUAUCAAUUUAAACUCCAAAAAUUUGUUUUUCAAUGAUCUUGCAUUGAAUCAACAACAAAGAAGAAAUAGAGUCAAGAUCUUUUGGGUGUUUAAAGUGUUAUUGAAAUGUUUUAAUUUGAAGUUUGGAUUCAAACCAAGUUUAAACACUACAGUUAUUAAUCCUGUUACUAUUGAUAGAUAUUUUCAAUUAACACCAGAGAAAUUGUCUUCUUUACUUGGAGAUGAUGACGAUUUAUUCAACACUUUAUUGAAACCAAGUAUCGAAUUCCUAAAUUUAAUGAACAUUAUCAUUCCAUCUUCUUUUUCACCAAAUUAUUACCAAUACUUGAAACAGGAUCGUAAGAAAAAGGAAAAGGAUUUACAUACUAGUCCUCAUCGAUUAGAUAUGAUUUUGAAUGAAGAUGACGGUGAUGGUAAUGAUGGGAAUUUGAAUUACAAUUACAGUCAAUUCUUAACUAUCGAUAAAAACUUGACUGAUUGGAGAGAAUCAUUAAAGUCAAAGAAAAUGUCACUAUUACCAUUGAAGGACUUGGGACUUCCUGAUUUGAUCAACAUUACUGAAAAUGAUCUUCAUUUUGCUAUGGAUAAGGAUGCAUUAUCACGUGAAGGUUUGAUCAAUUACUAUCAAACUGGGUUGCCUGACAUUCAUACUGCUUCUCAGUUGAUUAAAUUGCAAUUGAAUUUUCAUUACACAUUAAUUAGAUCAGCCAAUUACUUGAAUUUUAUUGUUGAUCGAGAAUUGACGUUUGAAUAUUACAAAAAGAUUUACGUAUUAUCAAGUGAAGUGUUGCAAUACUUUUUGUUAGUAUUUGAACACGUUAGUAAAUCACAGGAAAAAUUAAACUCACCAAGAGUAGCUUCAAAUUCAAUAGUUAUGGAAAGUUUAGGUUUAGAUGUUGACGAUGACGGGUUCGUGAUUAAUGACUUUUCAGUUAAAAGACGUAAAAUUGGUUCAACCAAAACUCCUAAUAAUAUCAAGAAACUUGUUCGAGAAGUUCCUAUUUCUCCAUUCAAUACUAUGUUGAAUGGUCUCUCAUUGACUGUCAUAAAUUUGAAAAAAUCGAUAAUUUUACAAAUGUUGUAUUUAUUAAUUUGUCAAAUGAAGUUUGUCAAGACACAAGAAGAACGGAGCAAAAUUAAUGAUUCAUUUGACUUGUUAUCACAAACGGUAGAUUUGUUUAUUAAAUUAUUCAUCAACUAUAAGCCAGGAGCCAAGAGUAUGCAGAAUGAUAAAUUAUUCCAAAAGUUGAUGAAUGACGAACUAAAGGAGGAUAUCUUGUUCCAUCACCAAUAUGGUUCUGACGACGAAGGAGACGAAGAUGGGAAAUAUUAUAAAACUAUCGACUGGGAUGAUGAGAAUUUAGAUGAAGAUUUAAAAUAUUUAAAGAUUUUGAAGUUUAUCAAAUACAAAUCCCGUGAUGUUGUUGAUCAGUUGAAUAAUAAACAAACUGUCAGUGGUAUUCCUGAACCGUCAGUUGUUAUUCAUCACCACCAUCACAGUCAUAACCACAAUCACAAAAAUAGCCACCUCAAGCAAGAGGAGAAUCAACAACAUCCUCAACCAAUGACACAUCAGCAAUAUCAACUCCAACACCAGCAACAACCACCAGCACCACCAGCACCAGUACCACCACAAUCACAACCACAACAACAGCCAAAACGUCUUCUGUCACAUGAGACUCCGGCUUUACCUUCUUCAACUUCACCUUCCUUAAACUCCCGAAUGAUGUCCACGUCUACAAUGCCAUUGUCGGCAGCAACUUCACCUAUGUCAACUGGACCAAGUUUAGGUUUACAAAACUUGAACAAACCUACAAGUUUGCCAUUACCCCAAUAUUACAAUCCAUACCAAUCAAUGUCUCCUGUAUUUGAUAAUGACGAUAAAGAUGCAGUCAAUGAUUUAAUGAACCUUAGACGUGGUUCCAAUAUUAAAUAG